UUCUUCUUUUCUUUUUCUCUCUUUCUUUUUUUCUACUGCAUUCUCUUUCUCUCCUCUCUUUUAUAUAACAGUUUUUUUUUUAAAAAAGACCCGAAUGCAGCAUUUAAAAGCUCAAAAAUCUUCAAAAGAAGAAGGCUUGAUUGACACUCCUUACUACAUGCCAGUCAAGACUCAGUCUACCAUGUCUGAUCCAAUGAGCUUCCAAAGCUCUAUCAGCAGUGGUUCUCAUGUAAUAAAUAAUGAUUUGAUAACACCGCCUCUUGAACAAUCCUAUGGAGCACCUGAAUUAAGCGAUUUUGACAUAAUUGACAGCCUUGAUUUUGAUGAUGUAGAUGACACAUUGAUAGAUCAGGAAAUGAUGCAUCAACAAAGAGACGCUUUGAUUCGACAGCUAUAUGAAACCGAGAGACAAUACUUUGACAAGUUGGAUAUGUUAGUGAAUUUAUACAUCCAGCCAUUAAGAAACACUAGACAACAAUCGUCUAAAUUUCUAAGCAUAAAAAAGCCGCCUUGUACAGAGAAAGAAAUGCUCUGGUUGUUUGGCAAUCUUGAAGAGAUUCACCAAUUCCACCUUGGUGUAUUGAAAAGCCUAGACGAACGCUUAAAUAUUUGGGGGCCGACACAAAUCAUAUCAGACGUUAUUCAGACCUGGUUCCAUAGAUUGCAACAGCUUUACCAUGUUUAUUUUGACCAUUAUGAUAUUUCUAUCACUACUUUUGAAAGAUUGAUGCGAUAUCAACCAUUUAAAAAAUUCACAGAGAAACAUACGAAAGAUCAAUCACUGUUAUCGUUGUUAAGAACACCUAUUACUUGUAUUUCUCGCUAUCAAAAAUUGCUCGAAACACUUUCUGACAACACAUCUUCCAUGCAUCCUGAUUAUGUUGGUUUGAUGCAAUGUAAAGUGCGAAUUCAGACCAUUGCUGAGGAAUUCAAAUUCAGGCAAGUUACACUUUAUUGUCAACAAUACCAUAACGUGAUAUUCAUAUACAUAAAUAGAAUUGAGGAUACCAAAAAUGUAGACAAGGUUUAUGAUAUUCUCAACAACAUGAUAGGACAACCAUUCAAUGUAAAGGCAGAACGCAGACUGUAUCUUCAGAACCACUUUGAAAAAGUUAUUCGGUUAGGUGGAGAAGACAGAUCGUAUUUCCUGUUCUCUGAUAUUCUUGUGUUUGCCAAGAAGAAGAAUAACGGACUUCAAUAUAAAGGCCACAUUGUAUUGGACAGAGCCAAGGUGCGUGCUCUCACGGCCCAGGAAUCUGGCUUGGAAGAUUGGUCAAUUGAAAUCACAUCGUCUUUUCAAGGUGUUGAUUCCUUGAAUACUACUUUUAUGAGUACGCCUACAGUUCAUGUGCUCCGUACAAGUGGACCCCAAGAUCAAAUGCGUUGGAUUGCUUGUAUUGAGAAAUUAAUUGCUCUUCUCGAAAGAGCAAGACAAAUUAAGCAAAAGAAACUAGAGGCCAAAAGACCAGGAACACACAGUACCUCUAAUGACUCAGGUAGCUCAACAAAUGCUCAGGAAAGCAUAAACUGAUUACUAUAUCAAACAAAAUCCCCAUCCAUUCAUUUGUUCAUCUCAAUCAUUAUCUCUUUUUCUUUCUCUCUCUCUCUCUCUCUCUUAUUGUAUAUGUAUAUCCUUAAGUCAAUAAACCUAAUUUAAGCUCA